CUUUCUUGCUUCAAUUACAUACAUUUAUAUCCUGAAGUUCAACAAUGGACGUCAAAGAUGACACAAUGAAGAGUAAAAGUAAUCAUACCAGCAACAUCCCGGUACCUUCCUAUAGAGGUUUAAGGCGAAGCCAAGAGGAGCUGGAAGCAAAGGAGGAGGCACGAAAACAGAGGAGUUCCGCGAACGCUCAGUCUUUGGCGAACUCCGUGUUGGAACAAGAUUUGGAAUCCAAAGCGGCUGCCGCGACGCCACCAGAAAAGCUCCGUCGAGGUCUUGGCCAGAGCCCACCUACACAAUUGCAAACGAAGGAGAGGACUGCCAGAGAACGGAGUGCCGCAGCUUCCAGAGUCCGACCCGAUCCCGAUGGCUCUCGUCUCCCGACAACAUGGGAUCGAGAGAAUGAAGAAGAAGACAAUGGAGAAGACAGUGACGAUGUCAUUACGGAGGCUGUACUGCAACGCCAGGAAGUCGCUUUCUCGUCGUCCCCCGGUACCGAGAUCCACACAGCCACUACGCCCCCCUUUGCACCAGUGGAUGCUUCUUCUUCCGAUGAAAUGGUCCAGUAUGGGGAAGCUGUAGGUCUGCUUGCUGAAGAAGCUGUGGUGCAAGAACCUCUGUUCCACACCACCGAGGGUCCUUUUCAAGGAACCACACGUGAGGCUGUCAAUGCCAAUACCGAAGCAGAAUCCAGCAUUCUGCCACUACCAUCACCUCAGGCUCCAUCUCCCCCUAACGAGAGUCUUGUGGAAGCUAGGCCCGUUCCCGAGGAAGAAGAGCACCCCCCAGAAGGUCUCAUGGAAGCUCAACCGGUAGAUCUGGAACAAAAGGCAGCACAAAGAUCAGAGCACCGAAAACAGUUUCGCAACCGAGCUUUCGUAGGCGGUGCAUGCAUCAUCUUGGCGGUCGUAGUUGCAAUUGUACUCUGGCUUGUCUUGCGUCAGGACAAUCCACCCGUGCAAGUUGUGGCUCCUGCCGACAGCAAUACUUCUGCUCCAACCUUCUCCAUGGCGCCUUCAGGAUCACCUACCAACGCGCCAACCACCACAGAAGACCUCUUUGUGUCAAACCUACCAAACAUUUCCCAAACGAGGAUUCAAGAUACUUUGUCUCCCCAAUCGAAAGCAUUGGAUUGGCUCUCCAACCAUACAGAUUUCCAAAGUAUGACUGACUGGAGAAGAAGACAGUUGCUUGCCCUGGUAUCUUUCUAUUACUCCUUUGCGGGUGAACAAUGGCCAAUUAUAUCUGACAACUGGUUGAAUGAUGGCGUCUCAGAGUGUCUCUGGUUCAGCAAUUUCGUGGAUGGUUCCAUUACGUCUGGACCCCUCUUUGAGCAAGGUUUCACCUUUUCACCGUUCACCCUUGAUGGCUCGCUUUUGAGGGAUCUACUGCUGACAAUCGAUACAGGUUCGAACAUUUCCAGCUGCAACAGUGACGGAAUGUAUACGGUAUUGGCGUUGCGAGGGUUUCUCAAUCCAACUAGGCAAAACGUCGUGUCCAUGCCACCGGAAGUUGGCUUGAUGACACGUCUGCAAGCUGUGAUUCUUGACAACAACGAUAUCAAUGCUUCCUUCUCCAAUAUCUUCCCCCUGGAACUGGCACAGUUGCCGAACUUGACAGUGCUAGUGAUGGAAGGUGACGACAUUAUUAGGAAUCAAUUCAUACAUGGCACCAUUCCAACAUAUAUUGGAUUGGCAAGCUCAUUGGACUGGUUGGAAAUUUCAAACAAUUUACUUGAAGGGCCGAUCCCGUCUGAGAUUGGCCUGUUGACUGGGCUAUCAUUUCUCGAUUUGGAUGGAAAUGCUGCCCUGAAUUUGACAGUCCCAAGUGAGGUUGGAACCCUCACAAAUCUUGUCUCCUUGGAUCUUGGGUACACGGACCUGUCGGGAGUCAUGCCAACAGAAAUCUACCAACUGACGGACCUUUCCUAUCUGAGGAUUCCUCUGGGCGUGUCAAUUCCUCCAAGUUAUACGACAAACUGGCCUAGACUUGACGACUUUGCCAUUCAAGGAGGGAGUCCUCCGAAUGGAUCCAGUUCUUUUCCAUUGUCGCUUUUGGAACAAGAAGCAUUAGAGCGGAUUGACCUCACUGGUGGAAACUACAGUGGAAGGAUCCCAACGGAGAUUGGGACCUUGACCAAACUACGUGAUCUCCUUCUCUCUUUCAACUCUUUCACGGGCCCCAUUCCCAGUGAACUAGCCCGCUGUUCCAGACUCCGAACUCUGAAUCUGAAUUUCAACUGUCUAACUGGAAGCAUCCCAACAGAGCUUCGAAGGCUCAGCGGCCUUUCCCUUUUGUGGCUACAGAACAACCUCUUGAGCGGUACAGUCCCAGACUGGGAUUACAGGCGAUGGCUUUUCAUGCUGGUGGCGCAUUUCAAUGACAACUUGUUGACAGGGACAAUUCCGGCAAGCCUUGGAGAAUUUCCAAGGCUCUGGGCUCUGGAUCUUUCAUGGAAUGCGCUGUCGGGCCCCUUACCAACACAACUAGGCAUGCUUUCGGAUCUGAACCGAUUCGACAUUAGCAACAAUGGCCUCAUCACUGGUAGAAUUCCCAGUGAGCUUGGCCUCCCCAAUGGACAUGAUGCAAUUCCCUAUACCCGACUCUUCCUUGCCAACAACUCCUUGACAGGAACGAUUCCUGCAGAGCUGCAACCAUUGGAUGAUUCUUUGGAAGGAUCCUUGGUGGUGCUGGAUGUUGCAGGUAACAAUCUAUCUGGUCAAGUUCCCCAGGAGCUUUGCUCUCUCGACGAGGAGACGUGUGUGUGGUUCUCUUUGGAUGCGGAAGAGUCCUGUAUGCUCCAGUUUGAUUGUACUGAGAGGCUGUGUGGUUGUGAUUGCAACUGUCCAGUGGCGACGGAUCCACCAUCACCUAUGGUGGACAUGGCUGGCGACAGCCAUAAUGGAACCCUCGGCAAUGCUUCGAGCAACGGUAAUACCAGCACUCUGGAAGAUGUUAGCAAUGAUACCACUAGCAGCACAACCGAGGAACAGCCAACCUUUCCUCCCGUCAACAGUACUCUUUCCAUUGGUGGUGGUGGUCAAAACAGCAACAUGUCUUCCGACAGCCAGAUGGUUUCCACCGAACAAGAAGAGCAGCAGCCUUUGAGCAUUGGUGUGAGCAGCCCUGGCUCUCUGGAUGUGACCGGAGAACAGCGGCAGCCUUAGCUACUGUACUGUAGCGAAGAAACUCCUGUCGUGGGCUAUUGCUGGCUUUUUGGUUAGAACUGAUGAAGCAAAUAGUAAUGACUAGGAGGGCAAACUCUUGUAGUAUGCUGUAUCGUCAUCAGGCACUAUCAUUGGUGUUGCUUCAGCGUGCCCAAACUAAUGCCGUCAUCAUCAUGAUCAUCAUCGACGACGACGAAAAACUCUACCUACUCUAGCUAGACCCCCGUAACGAACAACCCCAGCUCCACAUUCUGAUCAUCCGUUGUAUUUACAAGGAUAACUAUACCCCCCAUGUUCAUGACGAGCCGAGACAACAGCAAUUGCUCCCGGGUAUUCAUGAGUAAAUUACGCCUCUUCUUCCCCACCGGCUUCCGUACUGGUACGGAGUGUUGUCAUCCAGCACUGCUUAUUUUAAAAAAAA